AUGUUUAUUUUCGUCGAGUCUGCAGAACCCGUUUCGUGCCUUUUGACAGUUUCAGUAAGCACCGAGUCCAGUGAGCAGCUGACGGCGGCAGCAGCGACUAGAUCGAAUCAGGCGAAUCAGCUGUGUGGGGUUUGCUGAGAGCGAUGGAAAUCUGAUUUUUUUUUCUCCCAGGAAAAUAGAGAUUUUUUUCGAAACGGUUUAGUUCUGUGUGACAAGUGCCGAUAAAAGAUGGAUUAUAAGAGUGUUGUUUACAACGCCGCCAGGGAUGGCAACCUGAAUAGAUUGAAGAUAUACCUACAUUCUAACAAAGGUAAAGAAGAAGUAUCCAUGCUCGUGGCAUCCAAAACGUCUGGAGCCACCCCUUUAGUGAUAGCUUGCCGAAAUGGACAUUUCCACGUUGCCCAAUACCUGAUAGAAAAAUGUGGCGCAGACGUAGAACAGCCCGGCUCAGUCGUCUUCGACGGCGAGACCAUAGAGGAGGCCCCGCCCCUCUGGUGCGCAGCCGCGGCCGGCUACCUGGACAUCGUCAAGUUGCUGAUAUCGCACGGCGCCAAGGUGAACAGCACGACGAGGACCAAGUCGACGCCGCUUAGGGCGGCCUGCUUCGACGGCCACCUGAACAUCGUCAAGUACCUGGUGCAGCACCGCGCCGACAUCGAGAUAGCCAACCGACACGGGCACACCUGUCUGAUGAUAGCGUGCUACAAGGGGCACCUGGAGGUCGUCAAGUACCUGCUGGAGCUGAACGCUGACGUGAACAGGAGGAGCGUGAAGGGCAACACGGCGCUUCACGACUGCGCGGAGUCGGGCAGCUUGGAUAUACUGAGGCUGUUGCUGGAUCAUGGCGCCGUUAUGACUAGGGACUCUUACGGCAUGACACCCAUCUUGGCUGCUGCCGUCACGGGCCAUUACUACAUCGUGAGCUUCCUGAUCCAUCACCCGGACGUCUCUAGGGAAGAACAGAUAGACGCCCUAGAGCUCUGCGGCGCAACCUUCGUGGACAAAAAAAGGGACAUGGUGAAAGCGAUAUACCUAUGGAAGAAGGCUAUGCUCAUAAGGUAUCUUCCGGGAGAGAAGAGGAUAAACAAACCGACGCCGGUGAUCCGAAAAGCUUACGACUACGUCGAAGAGGUGAAAGACGCCGACGAGCUGGACAACCUGAUCGCCAACCUGGACAGCAUGAGGAUGCACGCCCUCAUCAUCAGGGAGAGGAUCCUGGGUCUGAGCCAUCCGGACACCAGCUACUUCGUGAGGUACAGGGGCGCCGUCUACGCAGACUCGGGCCGCUUCGACCGGUGCAUAGACCUGUGGAACUACGCGCUCGACAUGCAACAGAGCAACAGGCAGAACGUCCAUCCGAUGACGCAGAGCAGCCUGUUCUCCUUCACCGAGCUGUUCUCGUUCAUGAUGGCGGAGGAGGGCAAGCAGACCCUUAGAGGCAUCGUGCCGCCCGCCGACAUCCGGGAGGUGCUCAGGGUGUUCAACAAGGCGGUCGAGGAGGUGAAGUUCGCGAAUAGGAAGCUGGACGAGGCCAAGGGCGGCGACGAGAAGAACCCCAGCUAUCUGACGCGGGUCAUGAUGAUCUGUCUGCACCUGAGCUGUCUGCUGCUCAGGCUGAUGGAGGACGCGCCGAAGGCCGACCAUCAGCAGGUGCGCAAGGCGAUCUACGACUUCGUCACGCUGGACAUCAAGGCGAAGAAGGGGCGGAGGUUGCUGCAUCUGGCGUGCUGUCUGGACGCCACCCUGCAGUGGACGUACCCCGCGUGCCAGUUUCCCUCGUCGAAAUUGGCCAAGGUCAUACUGGAGUUUGGUGCCAAUCCGAACUGCAAGGACGACGAGGGCAACACGCCCCUACACCUGACCGCCAUGGCCUCCCCCUGCCCGCCCAAGGUACCGCAGGUCCUGCUGGAACACGGCGCGCACAUAGACACAGUGAACAACAACGGCGACACGUUCGCCGCCCUGCUCAAGGGUCAGAAGGUGAACGAAGUCGUGGACAUGAUGAAGUACACGAGACUGACCUGCGCCGCGGCCCGCGUGAUACAACAGUUCAAAAUACCGUACAAGGGCGUAGUUCCGGUCAAUUUGGAAUCGUUCAUCGCCUGCCAUUAGAACCGCAGACUAGAGAUUGUGAUAAAGUGAUAUCCGAGGUAGCGCGACGGAGUUCGACCACAGAGGAGGUUCGUAUACGUGAGUCCGACCAUAGAUUUUUGACGUUUGGUGACUGUGUUACGUCCGAUUUCGGAAGGGUUGAGGUGUUUGGGAUAUAUUGUUCGAUUUGAAUUUUCCGUGUUGAUGAUUAAAGAUGAUAGACUGUAUAGAUGAAGCGUCGGAACUGUUUUAAACGUUGAAUGGGGUGAACACGAUGUUCGAUACUGCCAUAGGGGUAAUAUUUGGACGUUCUGCUAUGCUAUGAUGAAUAUAGACCAUUCGGUUAUCGUUUAUGUUCAGUUCAAAAUGAAGCGGCGUCGAAUUUUCAUCGGCAAAUACGUCAAUAUAGGUUAGGAACGAAGAUAACCAACUGCGCAUUGAAACAUCGACCAUACUUUGGGAGAAUUCGUUUAAAAGCUGGUCAAAUGAUAUACCCUUUACCUUUUGUUUUCAUUUCGGAUGGUAGCUUUAAUCCGAAUUAUUUCGAAGAGUGAGAUCAGUCGGCUGAUAAGCGGUAGGACUUUGAACUUUACAGUCAGCGAUCGUUUCGUUUUUAAUUUUUUUACACAUCUGUUUUUCAUGAUAGAACGUUUAGUUCCAGUGUCGGAAACGCCAAGCGUGUAGUUAGCCUAAAAACAUCGAUCGUAGUCGUCAAAAUACAAACUAUCAGCUUGCCGGAGUUGAUACUGGUACUAACGGAUUUUUCAUGAGAAACUGCACGCGUAAAAAAAUACGAACGAAAAGUACACAUCUCGUGGUUGAAUCGGUUAGUCAUUGCCGCCAACAGAAUGGGGAAGUUUGAGGUUAUGCAUCACCACCGAUAGAAAUUUUAAAAAUUAACUGAAUUUUAGCGAAUUUUAAACGGCUACACCCAUCUAGUCUCAUUAAAAUGCUUAGGUACAGUUUAAGUCUCGGCGAAACCGAAUUUGUACAGUAGAAUAAUAUAAUUUAUUAUACGUAAAUUGCAGCAUUCAGUGAGAUUUUAUUUAAUCGAAGGUGAAUGAGUGAAAUUCGAUGGAGAGUUGGUUGUAGUCUUGAUGAAAGUCUUUUGUCAUUCUGCUCUAUGAAUUCGGUUCAACUUGAUCAAGUACGUAAACGCCAACACUUUCAGUGCUUUACCAUAAAAUUUGUCACGAACCAAAUUCGAUUUUUUCCUGAGACUCGAUGAUAGCGGCAAGUUAAAAAUGGAAUUAUAUUAAUUUCAGAUCUAGUAACGGCUGAACAAUGUGAUAUAUUGAAAUUAAAGUUGUAUAAAUCUAGGUUAAUCUUUCAUUUUUCAUUGUAGACGCAUCACAUAGUUUUUAUCUGAUGUUCGUUCGGCAUUGACUGAGAUAAGAGGAUGGAAAACGCAUCUUUGUACAUUCAUCUUUUAGGAUAUUCCCGUUAGUUUCAUAUCUGGAUGUGUGAUUUAUGUAUAAAUGCUGCAUAGAUUGCAUCAGUUUGAAUCUUAGCUAUAUGAAUUUUGUUGAUAUAUGAAGUAAAUGGUUAUUAUAG